AUGGCCCAGCAAAAUAUGAAAGUGCGGCCUGUGCUUCUAAAGCGUAACAGCCUAGAGUCAGUGGAGUUUGUGAAGCAACCCCACCACCGCAGGAGCAAAUCUCAACAGGUUCGAUUCAAGGAAGAUGGGACCAGUAAGACUCCACCUGGCCUAGCUGAGGCUGAUGUCCAGACUUCUGAGGACCAAGGUGCGAUGGGUAAGACUCAAGCCUCCAGGCACCAUCACCUUCCCACCUACUCACUCUCCUUCCCCAGGUCCCAGAAGGCAGGGGGCUUUCGGAACAUUGCGAUCCAAACCUCCCCCAGUCUCAGGAAGCAUUUCCCAGUUUUCAAAAGGAAGAGACUCACAGCCAGCAAGUCCCUGGUAGAAAUGCCAACAGCAUCCCAAAGUGCCAUCCAGGUCAACGGCAACCUCUCUGAACAGGACAUUGUGUCCUCUGACCUUGCCUACUUAAGAUUGGCUCAGCAUCUUGAGGAUGGGCCUCGAAGGGUCAAAGUGUCUCAUCCAUUUCCUCCUAGAAUGUCCAAGGUGCAGAGCAAUGGGCCUAUUAGCAUAUGCUUGGAAGCAGGGGCUUGGAGGGCCUCAGAGAAAGCAACUGCUGCCAUUCAGGUCCCCGAUGAUAUUUACCACAGUCCUACCUGGGCAGCUAGAAAGUCCACUUUCAGCCCAGACAGGUCAGGUGAUAUAAGCAACUCCAUACAUCCUUUGGUUGACAUAUGUCCAGGUGAUGGGAGAACAGUGCCACUAUCAGAUUCAGAAAGAUCCCCUUCCUGCUUAAAUGCCACCAGCGAUGCCAGCCACAUGCCAGGCACAGGGAAACUUAAACCCGAAUUGCUUUUGCCCAAAGACAACUCUGAUGACAAAGACCUUGGACCAUUGUCAUCUCGGUCAAAGGAAACAUGUGUUCCCUCACCUCCACGGACUCACCGCUCCCCCUCACCAGGCUCCCACAGCCAGCCAGCCCAUCCGGGAGGGGCUUCAGACUAUUCUUCAUCGAGCAACAAUCACCAGGAUCUGCUGUCACUCAAAACUAACAGUGUGUCAAAAUCUGUCCCCAUGUGUCAGGAGCAGAUGGCAAAGAACCCCACCCAGUCAGACACCCAGGACUUUCAAAAUUGUUCAGGAAACAGUCACCUCCCAGCUCCUCUUCCAAGGAGGGAGACCACACUGCAGAGCAGCAGAGAGACUGGUGGGAUUAAUCCAAUUCACCUGGCACGGGGGGAGCUCUGUGAUCUCCAAGGCAGGCUGCAGUCGGUGGAGGAAUCUCUGCAUUCGAACCAAGAGAAAAUUAAAGUCCUUUUGAAUGUAAUCCAAGACUUGGAGAAAGCUCGAGCUCUCACAGAAGGGCGCAACUUUUAUCGAACUGGCCAAGAUCUCAACAACUGCAGUACCUGCCAGAAUACAGCGUGCAUCAUAUACAGUGUAGAAUAUGAUUUUCGACAGCAGGAAGGCAGGUUCCAUGAAGUUCUACAGAGUCUGGAGGAAGCAGAACCAGUUGAGGAGGCAUCUCCCCCACCAAAGUCCCCAGCAGAGCCUCCAGUCCCUGAGAAACAGGACUUAAGGAGGAAAACCAAGAAAGUGAAGAAGAAAUGCUUCUGGUGGAUCUGA